GGCAGCCCUCGUCUGACCGCGCCGCGUCGCUGUCCGGCUUUCCCCCUUUCGGUACGCCGCCCCGUCGUGGCCUCGCCACCGGCCACCGCCCACUUGCCCCCGCUUUCGGUUUUGGCUCGUUUCGGCGGUGGGGAGAAUAUAUCUCCCUGCCACCUUUCCGCCUCAUCAUUUUGCUCCUCCUCCUGAUGCUGCUCUGCUUAGCCUUAAGCCAGCCGCCCGCCCGCCACCCCCUUCCUUUUUGGCUCUGCUCCGGCCAUCGUCGCAGAUCGGGAUCUCUCACGGCGUGCUGAUUAUCGGCUUGGAUCGACAGGCGAGCGAUCCUGCUUCAACACCAACCACCUCUGACCAUCUAAACAGCGUGUUGGACCAACUGUCGUGAAGAUUCGAGUAUACUGUUGGACAAUGGGAACAAGGAUGACAGUCCUGCGGCGAUUGCCCGUCGCACUGUCCUCGGCAUUGCUCGAGUGGAUCUUGAUGCUUCUGCUAUUCAUCGACGCAGUUUACUCCUUCCACAUCACCAGAUUUGCCCGUCUCUGCAAACUACCGGUACCUUGUCCGUUCUGCUCGAGGCUAGAUCAUGUCCUCGGUAACGAGGAACCGUGCUUCUACAGGGAAUUGAUCUGCAAAACUCACAAGUCAGAGCUCUCAUCUUUGGCCUUCUGCCGCCUCCACCAGAAACUUGUGGGCGCGGAAAGUAUGUGUGAUGGAUGCAGCAGUAGCUCACUUGCUCCAAAAGUGACACCAAACAACAAUGACAACACAGGUGAGCCCACCGUGGAUGUCAAUGUACUCAACGGUACUCAGGGGGGUGAUGGUGUGUUACAUUCUCCUCUUACUAGAAUUUGUUCAUGUUGUGCACAACAUUUUGAACAACGGAGUGUAUCGCUGUUUUCUCAGAAGAGUGGAGAGCUCCAAUAUGCCAAGUCACCAAAGAUUUGCACGGAUUAUCCUGUAUCAUGGCAACUGGACGAAUCAAUUGAAACCAAAGACAUUUACCACCAGAGUGAUCAUACAUAUCAUGAGAGAUACAGUGCUCUACAGAUGACAUCUGACUCCGAGGUUGAGGUUCCUUGUGCUGAUGAUGGCAGAGAUUCUCACCCUCAUGAAGCCUAUGAUAUGGAAAAUAGAGACUUUCAAGAAGAUGCAGUUUUUGAGAUACCAGGUGUUCCAUCCCCUGCGGUGGCCAAGCCAUCUGAAAUGAAUGUUCAGGAAGAACAAAAAGUGACUGACUCCGGUGAUGCAUGUUCGGCAGAUCAUGUUCGGAAUUAUGACCCUGACAGUGUGAUUAGUGGGAGCCAAAUGGAAGCAGAGGACAUCUCGUCCAGAAGACGAGCAUCACAGCAUGGCCCUCUAAUUGCCAUUGAAGAGUUAUCUUUAGAAGAUGCCACUGUUCCCCAAAUUCCAGUUGCAUCAGUUGAUGAGUUACCUAAGAUUAUUUGUGAAACUGAAUCAUGUCAGAGGACGAAUGACAGCAGCAUCGAUCCAUAUACAUCUCAAUUCACAAUACUCGAACAACACUAUGCUGUUGCAGCGGAUAAAAAUAUAAAAGAAGCUCAGGGGACAGAAAUCACUGCGAUAUCAAGUGACGUAUUUCACCAGAGAAGCACAUUGGCUAAUAAUCCAGUUACAAGUGAACCAGUACCCAAGGACUAUCAUUAUGUUGCUUCAGAAGAUACAUAUCCGAAAGAUAAUUUCAGGGAUGUCCCCGUUUCACAGGUUAGUGCCGAUUCAGAAACUCUUGCUGAAGUUGAAGAUAAUCCUAAAAAAGCUGAAUGGACUGGUGAUACCGGAAUAGAUGGACUGACAUCACAUGAUCCUUCCAGUUCAACUUCCAAAGAUUUGUUAGCAAAAGAUGCUAAAGAGACUCAUAUUCCACCAGUUGCUGUCAGAUCAAAUGGUGAGGUAUCUCAGGGUCUUGAUGCCAUUGAGGAACAUCCCCAGACAAUUGAAACGGUUGGUGAAAGGAGACCAUCUCUUAGCACUCAGAUCAGCAUGAACGAGGCCUACAAUCUCGCCAUUGGCAUGAGGAGUGGUUUCCCAUCCCCAACCUUGACCGAUGUGAUUCUUGGAAAGGGCUCUUCAGCUAGUGUAAAUGGAGAACUGAGGCUACUGCUAUCACAGCUUUCAGCUUCCAGGGGGCUCGAGGCAACUUGGCUUGACCCAGGCCCUAGCCCACGAGCGUAUGGGCGUGGUGAUGAUUUGAUACUGCAGAACAUAACAAGAAGGAUCUCGCUCGAGAGAAAUGUUUCUGGUCUGGAAUCGCUGGACGGAAGCAUUGUUAGCGAGAUGGAAGGUGAGAGCACCAUCGACCGGCUGAGACGACAGAUUGAUCUAGACCGGAGGUCGAUACACCUCCUCUGCAGGGAGCUGGAAGAAGAGAGGAACGCCGCGGCGAUCGCUGCAAACCAAGCACUGGCCAUGAUCACCAGGCUGCAGGAUGAGAAGGCUGCAAUGCAGAUGGAAGCCUCUCAUUACCAGAGGAUGAUGGAGGAGCAAGCAGAGUACGAUGGCGAAGCGCUUGCUGAAGCUAACGAGCUGCUUGCUCAGAGAGAACAUCAAAUACAGGAAUUGGAAGCCGAGCUUCAAAAGUGCAGGACACAACCUGGAGGUGGAGGGCCAAUAAAGGAACAAGAUGAUCAGCUCCCCUUUGAAGAACAAAAUAGCACUGCAGCUUUGCUUGAAGAUGAGAGGGCAUACAUAUCAGAAAGUUUGAGGAAGCUGGAGAAGAAGCUUCACUUGUACUCCAACAACGAUACUUCUACAGAUUUAUCAAAUUCAGAUGCUACAGAGGAGACACAAGAGUCCAUUCUCUUGGCUAAGGAAGGUCAAUCUUCUAGAAUGGAUGGGGAAGCUGACCUAUCCACAUUCCAAGAGGAAAUCUCGAGCUUGAAUAAAAGAUUGAAGACUCUAGAAGGAGACCGGGAUUUCCUCGAGCACAGCAUAAACUCCCUUAAGAAUGGAAAAGAAGGCGCGCAAUUCAUAAGGGAAAUUGCCUGCAACCUCAGAGAACUCCGAGCUAUUGCCAUUGAGAGCAAAUAGCAUUGUGGAUUUUAGCUCUUCACACAAAACCUCUUCGUGCAUCAGAUUCCCACCCAACUUGUACAUUGUAUAUUUUUGUGCUCCAAAAGAAAAGAAAUAGUUUUUAGGUUGCUACAUCUAGGAACUUUGUUUUUGGCUAUUGAGGGAGAUUUUACACAAAAGAACUUGGCAAGUAUACUGGCAUGUGUUUCUUUUCUUUUCUUUGUGAGACGAGUCAGUUUGUCUUGGAUAUGGACAUAGUAGUGGGUAACAACAUACCAAGUGGCCUACUGAUUUUGUUAUAAACAAGUGAUCAGUACUUGGUACUGAACAGGAAGUGUGUGUGUGUGUGUGUGUGUGUGUGUGUGUAACCUGGUUGAGACUUGUGACUUCUAUAGUAUCUACAAUUCUGUCUAA